AUGGGAGUUUUCAAGAUCCUCUGCUCUCUAUCAGAAACCACGCUUUUGCUCCUACCAAACUUAUUACUCACCACACAACUUCUCCGAACCAAAGGCGAGACCUCAGCCAUCUUCGCCAAAACCCCCCCACCAACCGAGCACCGAACUGCACUCCCAUCCCUCAUCGCCCCUUUCCCUCUAAUCACUGGCGUGGCACACUGGUCGAAAUCCAAGGGCACGGGCUUCAAAACCCUAGGCGACCCAAUUACACUUGAACUAUUCUCACAACCAUUGGGCCCGAAGCCCCAAGAACACCUCUUACUACUAUUGGGAUUCUUAUCGGGCUUUUGGCCCCUGGCACGCAGACCCAUGAGCGGCUCGGGAGUCCCGAUCAAGGGGUGGCGUCCGGGCAAGGGCUUGGCGCCCUUGAGGAUGGGUACGGGGGAGCCGGGUUCGAGCCUGUCGACGUAUAUGAACUGGCCCAGCUGCAUCUUGUCGCUCAUCACGAGAUCGUCUUGGUCGAAAGGGAGGCUGACGUAUAUGGAGUGGGAGGAGUCGGAGAGCUUGAUGUAG